AUGUUUUGCCUAUUGCAAACGAAUUUCAUUCUAUUUCAUGCGUUCCAACUGAUCAGUGAAUUCAGUGUAAAUGCUCAAUCGACGAUUGGCACUACUUCUAACCAGCCCAUCUCUAAUUCAACUUUAAUAUCCUCUAUAAACACCAUCAAUCAAACAUACUCACCAACAUUCCUAUCCUCUCAAUCAAAUAGCAAUCCAAUUGGGAUAACAUCCGUCUAUUCCAGUAUUAUUCUAUCAACACUUUUCCCAUUUACUUCAGCAUCACCGGCGAGUAUCAGCAGUAAAACGAUUCUUUCCACAACUGCCACGUCUUGGUCAACAAAUACCAAUCAUAUUAGCAGUUUUACUAGGCAAUCGCUUCAUGUAACAUCGCAUGCUGAUCGGUUCUCGUCCGUCAUCUAUACACGUCGUCCGCGACCAACAUCAACUGCUGUUCAUUCGAUUACAACUCAACAAACAUUUAAUACGACUUUCAAAAAUUGUGCCUGCAAAGAUGAACAAUACAUAAUCUUAUGCAUUCUUGUUCAUUUUCUUUUAUUCAUUUAUCCCUUCCAUUAA